CGAAUUCUGAGGCGGCUGCAGGCUGUAUUGGCGGGAGCUGUCACCGGGGAGCGCCAUGGCUGCCAGCUUGGAGGCUCAGGCGUAUUUGGUAGAAGAUAACCAGAUUGGACUAAACGUCUUGGAGAGCGAUUCAGAUAGUGGUCAGGGGAGCUGCAGAAUGGAUUCCCCUACAGACAAGCAAGAAAGCAUGGACUUCCUGGAGAAUGGAGAUUCAGGUGACGAUAUCUUGGUACGUAAGAAGUCUAAAAAAAAGAGCGUUUUUGAAGAAAGUGAUGAUUCUGAUGGUGACACCACUGCUGUUACUGCCAACACUAAGCCAAGUCUUGAAAGUGACGAAGAUAACGAGAACAAAGCCACAGAUAGGAUAAAGCCUCGACGAAUCCGAGCCGCUCUUCUUGACAGUGAUGAUAGUGACUGUGAUGGAGACCUUAUUGCAGAUGGUGAGGUAAAUGCCAUAGUGGCUUCCACUGAUAAAGACAGUCCACAAAAAAACACCUCCGUAAAACAGAAUAACUCAAAGUCUUCCAAAAAGCAAACUGGAGUAGAAGUAAAAGAAAAAGGCAAAUCAAAACGAAGAGCAGAUAAAGAGAGAAAGAGAAUGGCUUCUAUUGAAAAGUUUAAAAAGGACAAGAAGCAGAGUUCAAAUGCAAGUAAUGAGCUACAUAGGGAAGAAGAUCAUCCUCCUUUUGAUGACAGUGGCUGUCUUUUAGCUGAUGGUGAGCUGUUUGAUAAAGACGAGGAGAGUGAUAAUCCUGAUGAAGAAUCCCUAGAUGCUAUACGUGCCAGCAUGAAAAACAGAUUAAAGAGUCGUUCUCCUCAUUUAUCUGAUGGAGCAGAGGAUGAAGAGACGUUUGAAGAAAAAGAGUCUGGAAAAAGAAAGGAGAGAAAAGCAGCACGAAUGAGUAAGGAAGCCAUAAAGCAGUUGCACAGCGAGACACAAAGGCUCUUGCGGGAGUCUGCUGUGUCUCUACCAUAUCACCUACCUCAACCUAAAAGCAUUCAUGACUUUUUCAAGCGCCGAUCGAGACCAGCCUGUCAAGGAAAUGCAAUGCAACUAAUCAAGUCCUCAAAGUACAAUUUUUCAACUAUUGAAGACAAAACAGAGGUUGAAGCUAAACCCCCAGAGCCUGCAGAUUGUGACACUGCCUCAGUACCAGGAUGUACAGUAAAUUCUGAAGUACCUCUCCAGAAGCCACAAGCUGCUGCCGUUGAAGAAGCUGUGACUGAGGCUUUUGCAAGUGAGGAUUGUCAGCCUGUCAGCUCGGAGAAUAAAGCAGUAGAUGUUAACAAUUCAGAAAAUUCAUCCAUACUUUCUGGUGCUCAUGUUGCACAUCAAACAUUUGCUGAUGGGGAAAAUGAAGCACACGUUCAAGAAAGGGCUAUUGAAAUGUCGCAAGAUAUUUCUAAACCAGACCUUAAGUGCACAACAUGUGACCAUGCUGAUGCAACAGAGGACAACCGCUCAAAUAUUGCUUCAGUACAAGAGAAGCCCAAGCUGUCAAAACUGGAAAAACUUCGUGCACUGGGAAUCAACCUGUCAGUAAAACCUCGCCUAUGUCCAGAUGAUGGUUGUUUUAUAAAUUUGGAUGAGCCAAAGCCAAAUAAAGAUCUUGAAGCACUAAAGGAGCGAUUCUUAAAACAUAGCUUGCACAAAGUAAAAGCUGUGACAGAGAAAAAAGUUCAUCUCAACAUUGUUCGCAAAGAGACAACGGCUGAUGGUAAAGAGGAGCUAAAAGCAGAUGUUGUGCCAGUCACUGUAGAUGUUGAAAACCAUGACAACAAAGUACAUGGCAAACCAGGUGAGAAGCUUCAAGUUCUUAAAGCAAAGCUUCAGGAGGCAAUGAAACAGAGACGUCUUGAAGAGCGCCAGAAGCGCCAAGCGUUGUUUAAUCUUGACAAUGAAAAUGGCUAUGAUGAUGAUGAAGAGGAGGAGGAGGAAGAAAUGACUGAGUCUGAGGACGAGGAGGAAGAAGAGGGCAAUGCAGAGACCAUAGAGGAUCUCCUUGGAGAAGAUGGGAAUGAGCAGGACCUUAAGGAUGAAGGUUUGGAGGAAAGUGACAUAACUAAAGUGACAAUCUCUGUGCCAAGGCCUGUAACAACAGAAUCAACUUUGCUGUUGUUUAAAGACAGUUCAACUAAAAUUGGCGAUUCCAUACCUGACAAGAUGGAGCAUGAUGAUGUUGAGAGCAAAGGCAAUGACAAAAUCGCAGAGGAAGAUGAUUUUCUUUUACCUAUGACAAAGGACAGCAGCCACAAUAGUAGCUUUGAACUUAUUGGGUCCAUGAUUCCUUCAUACCAGCCUCUUAACAAGAGUGGGCGAAGUUCCCUCCUUUCCGGUGUUGGGGGAUUCCGGUCACCAUCCCCAGUUACCUUCAAAGCAAACUUCCUCAGCUCUGCAUCAAAGAGUUCAGGGAAGAUGUCAGAACCAUCCCUUCCUGUGGAAGAUUCACAGGAUCUGUACAACGCCUCACCUGAGCCUAAAGCAUCUUUUGCUUGUGCUGGUGAAAACUCUCAGUUCCAGUUUUCUUUGGAAGAUGACACACAAAGCCAAUUACUGGAUGCUGAUGGGUUCCUAAAUGUAGGGCACAACAGGAGCAAAUACAGCUCUGUUAAGCAAAGGUUAGUAAUGGAUACAAUGGAUGAGAAUGCUAUGGAUGCCAACAUGGGAGAGUUGCUGGACCUUUGCUCUGGAAACUUUAGAGGCACCCUUUCAGACUCCAGUCAGCAUGAUGGGCAUGUGCCCAAGAAAGAUGCCAUGGAUGAGCUGCUGGGAUUAUGCUCUGGAAACUUUAGAGGCACCCUUUCAGACUCCAGUCAGCAUGAUGGGCAUGUGCCCAAGAAAGAUGCCAUGGAUGAGCUGCUGGGAUUAUGCUCUGGAAAAUUUGUGUCACAAGCUGAUUCCUCAACUCAAGAGUCCUCAGGCUUGGUUAAAGUGCACUCGGAGUUGCAAAAAGAAAAUAAGUUUGCUCAAGCUGAGGUUGCUUCCUUUCCAGUAGAACGAGAGGAGAACGAGGAGGAGGAGGAGGAGGAGUUUGGUGAUUUUCAGCUUCUUCCAUGUGAUGAAUCAGACAGUGAGGAAGGAAAAGAAGAGCAAAGUGAAGGGGAGGAUGAUGAAAAUGAAGGUUUGGAGGAGGAGGAUGAUGAAGAAGAAAAGAUUUUGAGAAAACAAGGCAAAAAAAGAAAGCUCAAGCUUCUGGACUUCAUGGAAGAUGAGGCAGAACUUUCUGGAAGUGAUGAUGGGAGUGGUGAUGAGGAUGAAGGAGAUGAGAGUGAUGACUAUGAAGAAGAAGCCAUAGAUGAAGAACUCCCUUCAGAUGAAGAGCUCCAGGACCAAGUCAAUAAAAUCCAUAUGAAGGUUACUAUGGAUGAAGACAAGCGCCGCUUGCGCCUAUACCAGGAGCGGUACUUGGCUGAUGGGGACCUUCACAGUGAUGGUCCAGGAAGAAUGAGAAAAUUCAGGUGGAAGAACGUUGAUGAUGCCUCUCAGAUGGACAUGUUCCACAGAUAUUCUGAACUAGAAGAUCAGGAGGCAGAGAAUGAAGAAAUGGAUGAGGCAGAAGCCAAAAGGAGGAAGGAGCGAUUUGAACGAGAGCAGUGGUUCCGCGAACAGUCUGAAAAUGGUGGCAAAGUAGUAGAGGACGACAUUGGGGAAAACAGUCAGUUCAUGAAGUUGGCAAAGAAAGUUACAGAAAAAGUUUUACAGAGGAGAUCGACCAUAGAAACUACUGAGCCAAAAAAGCAAGCCCCUAAAAAUCCUUUUGAAAUUCAACGACCUUUUAGUCUUCCAAAGAUGAAAACAGGUUCGCUGUUGAACAAGCCAAAAGAAGUACUUGAAAAACUGGCAGCAAUGUCAAACCUGAACCCUAAUGCACCAAGAAACACAAGGAAGUUUGUCUUUCACAUGCUGUCUCCACAAAAGAAAGAAGAAUCCACAGCUAAACCAAAACCAAAGGUGAAACGAAACAUCAGUGCUGCAACCUCUUCACCCAAGCGGUUUAAGUCAGACCGUUCUGAUGCUGCCAAUAACAAAAAUCGCAGCAUCUUCCCUUUCCUGGAGAAUUAACUGGCUGCACUUUAUUAACUUGUGCCAUGCUUAUUGAAAUGUAGUAAGGUGGGUGUCUGGAUGUGUCAUGAAUGUAGGCAAGAACAAGACUGGAAGUUGCUUGAACGUAUUACGUCCUUCAACGUUUGAACUGUUGUCUACAAAGUUGAAUUAUUUGACUUGUACAGAUUGUUUGUAAAUGUUCAUGUUGUAUUCUUUGCUAAGUUAUCUCUGUGUUCUUGCACAAAUUAUGUAAAUUUGUAGGUAUGUGCUCUCCCGUGUAAAAAAUGAGAUGCUUGGAGCAAAUAGUGUGUGUGUGUGUUUGUAUAUAUAUAUGUGUGUGUGUGUGUGUGUGUGUGUGUGUGUAUUUCAUUCAUAGGCCUUGCUUGCAGCAUGUAGUCUACUUUACAUGGGGAUUUAAAUAACACAGAACACUAAUGUAGUAGUCUCUUAGCAUUUUUAAAUAUACAUUUUUUUUAAGCAUAUUUUGUCUGAAUGUAAUUAUAUUGUUUGUAAAGUAUUUUUGUAAAUGGUUUUAAAUGUAAAUUGCUUUUGCAAUUGAGAGUUCUGAUUUUAUUAAUAAAAUUGCUCUUCUAAAUAC